AUGGCAGGCUUGGUUGGAUACGGGAGCAGCGAUGAAGAGGAUCAUCCAGAGCUUGAGAGUUCGAAGCUAGGCGCGGACGGACUCGCCGUACACUUUGGCGAGGGGUCUGCAUCUGAUCCAGUCUUGGACGUUAUGCAAAACAGUAAAGCUAUAGGCCCAAGGUUUCCUGAAGCAGAUGCGCCGUUAGUUGGUCCAAGUCUUGGACCUGCACCUGGCGAACAUCAACUACUAGAAACAGACGAUCCAGCUAUGGCUCCUCAAUCACCUUAUUCCGCUAAUCGAGCUCUACUGAGAGACUUGACCCUUCCGACCCUUCCCAACUACGACAUUCCGCCUUCACCUCCUGGAUCACCUUCAGAGAGUACGAACGCUAAGUUCAAGCAUUUUCUUGAGCUGAAGAAGAAAGGCGUCCACUUCAACGAGAAGUUGGCAAAGUCGUCAGCACUGAAAAAUCCGAGUCUGAUGCUGAAGCUUAUGGAUUUUUCGAAUAUUGACGAGGCUGGUCAGUAUGCAACAACACUGCCGAAGGACCUCUGGAACCCUCAUGAUUUUCCUGCUUAUGCCUAUAAGGAGGAACUUGCAAAAAGCCAGCAGAAGAUAUUGAAGAAGAAGGAAGAGGACAAGGCUCGAGGUCAACGGGAUAGCUUGGACUUUGUACCUGCAACCUCAACAACAGAGAUGCUGAGUCGGAACACGACUUCUUCGAAUGGUGGUCGGCCAGGUCAAAUGAGUGCCGCUGAAAGAAUCAUGGCUGGACUGGAUAGAGGACGUUCGAAUUCACCCAACGUUCAAGGCACGAAGAGGAAGUCGAGAUUCGAUGGCUGA